UUUGUUCUCUUGUUGUACGAUUUGGAGUAAAAAUAAACGCGAAAAUUCGUGAGUAAAUUACCUAAAUUAAAAACGGAAUUAAGGUUAUGUGUAACUAUAUGUUUAAACUCUGAUUUCCUGAUCAUAACCAAAAUAAAAUUAAUCUCUAAAUUCAUCACUUGCAAGCUUCUGUGUCCGACAUUAUAAAGGACUUCAACUACAUAACCAUAAGCACACAAUACAUCUCUUUGCGUGUCAGUUGUAAUGAAAAAUGGAUCUUAAAGGUUGCAACGAAUAUGUUUUUGUUGAAAAAAUCGGCGCUGGGUCUUUUGGAGAUGUGUACAUUGGAGUCUCAGAUACCGGUGAAGAAGUAGCAGUAAAGGUGGAAAAGCGAAAUAAGUAUCCACCUUCAUUGCGUAUUGAGUCUAAUCUAUAUAAGAGUGUACAAGGCGGUCUCGGUAUACCUCGUUUUAUUUGGAGCGGCAUAGAAGGAGAGUACAAUUUCUUAGUAAUGGAAUUACUUGGUCCAUCACUAGAAGAUCUAUUUAAUUAUUGCAACCGUCGUUUCAGCUUGAAAACUGUACUUCAGUUAGCCGAUCAAAUGUUAGAACGUGUUAAUUAUAUACACUCGCACAACUACAUACAUCGUGAUAUAAAACCUGAUAACUUCGUAAUGGGCUUAGAAAAAAGGGGAAAUAUUGUACAUAUGAUUGAUUUCGGUGUUUCAAAAAAUUAUCUUGAUUCGGACACAUUGGAACACAUACCGUACAGAGAAAAUAAGCGUUUAACCGGUACAGCACGCUAUGCGUCAAUGAAUACUCAUAUGGGCAUAGAACAAUCACGGCGGGAUGAUCUGGAGUCGUUAGGUUAUGUGCUAUUAUACUUCGGUUUGGGGUCGUUACCAUGGCAAGGUCAGUUAGCUAUGAACAAACGUCAACUUAAAGAACAAAUUGCUGAAAAAAAGCAAUCAAUUUCGAUUGCAAACUUGUGCAGUGGCUGCCCUGAUGAAUUUGCCAUCUAUAUGGACUAUUGUCGUACAUUGAAAUUUGAGCAGAGACCCGACUAUUAUUUUUUACGUACACUUUUUCGCAACUUGUAUCACCGCUUCGGUUAUAUUUAUGACUAUCUAUUUGAUUGGAAUAUAAUAAGGUUUAACGAAGUCACUCUCUUUAGCGCAAUGGAAGAAAAUAAUUGUGAAGAUAGUGAAAUCAACGGCGAACAAGAAUUGCGAUUACCUGCUCCUAAGCAACACACUGCUGCUGCUUCUUUGGUUGAUUCUCCUUUAAUUAAUAAUGCAAUUCUUGACAGUUCCAUAGUUGCUAUUCCUGCCGCUUCUCCUACUGUCAGUACUGCUUAUCCAACUGUGCCUGUUGUUCCUGUUGCUGCGGCUUAUGCCACAUAUGCUAAUGCUGAUGCUAAUGAAGUUCCGCCUAAGUUAUCGGUUGAUAACGCUGUUCCAAUAGUUCCUGAUUGUGUUGCUUUUCCUACUGAUGCUGCAGUUGUUUCCACUACUCUAUUUACCGAGUGCGUAAAUCGUGCUCCGAGUGAUGUACCAGCAGUUUUUCCUCAUUAAUUUCAUUAUAGCGAUUAAUCCUAAAAAAAUGAAGCUGAUCUCAAAGCAAAGCGUGCACUAUUUUACCUAAUAAUCUGUUACAGUUGCUUAAGUGUCGUGACGAGAACGGUAGCGACGUUUUCAAAGGACAAAUCAAUAAUAUAUAAU